AUGUCCUACCUCGCGCACGCCGAGAGAUUCUUCGACAUCGAGACGAAACGGCAUAACGUGGCAAUCCGCGCGGCUCAUCAACUGGAUAUUCAAAUUAGAGACAUGAUCCACUCCCCUCCACUUGCCCAGUUACACUUAAAUCAUGGUGGUAGAUUCGGGGCCAUCUCGAGCUCUGCUGCAAAGGCUGUCACCUUCAACACCGACAAGAGCAUCAUUUUGGAUCUCGACGGCAAUGAAUCUUCCGAUCUGCCAGCCCCAGACUCCACUUCACAACCUGCCGGCCUAACGGGAAGCAGUCAAUCGACAAGUAGUGUACCUCGCGAAUGUGUAUCCUCACCGAGGUUUAAAGCCGGUGGUCUUUGGGGAUCUAACCUGGAUGAAGACAUCGGUGGGCCCAGUGUUGCUUUUUCCCUCAAUAACAACUCCAUCUCGGGCAUCGCCAGCAAGCGACAUAGGGUAGAGCUCGCGUCUGCCUAA